CGGACUGACAGCGGCGGCCGCAUCGCGCCUGCGCAGUGCCCUCGUCCCCCGCAGUCUCUGUGCGUUGAAGCCGGAGACCGCGGCGGCCUCAGCGAGGACCCUCCGCCCCGGAGCCGCCGGCCGGAGCCGCAGCCUCUGCCGCAGCGCCCCCGCCACCUGUCCCCUCCCCCGCCGCCUCCGCCGGAGCCGCCUCGCGCACUCUGGGGUAUGGCCGUCAAUGUGUACUCCACAUCUGUGACCAGUGAAAAUCUGAGUCGCCAUGAUAUGCUUGCAUGGGUCAACGACUCCCUGCACCUCAACUAUACCAAGAUAGAACAGCUUUGUUCAGGGGCAGCCUACUGCCAGUUCAUGGACAUGCUCUUCCCCGGCUGUGUGCACUUGAGGAAAGUGAAGUUCCAGGCCAAACUAGAGCAUGAAUACAUCCACAACUUCAAGGUGCUGCAAGCAGCUUUCAAGAAGAUGGGUGUUGACAAAAUCAUUCCUGUAGAGAAAUUAGUGAAAGGAAAAUUCCAAGAUAAUUUUGAGUUUAUUCAGUGGUUUAAGAAAUUCUUUGACGCAAACUAUGAUGGAAAGGAUUACAACCCUCUGCUGGCGCGGCAGGGCCAGGACGUAGCGCCACCUCCUAACCCAGGUGAUCAGAUCUUCAACAAAUCCAAGAAACUCAUUGGCACAGCAGUUCCACAGAGGACGUCCCCCACAGGCCCAAAAAACAUGCAGACCUCUGGCCGGCUGAGCAAUGUGGCCCCCCCCUGCAUUCUCCGGAAGAAUCCUCCAUCAGCCCGAAAUGGCGGCCAUGAGACUGAUGCCCAAAUUCUUGAACUCAACCAACAGCUGGUGGACUUGAAGCUGACAGUGGAUGGGCUGGAGAAGGAACGUGACUUCUACUUCAGCAAACUUCGUGACAUCGAGCUCAUCUGCCAGGAGCAUGAAAGUGAAAACAGCCCUGUUAUCUCAGGCAUCAUUGGCAUCCUCUAUGCCACAGAGGAAGGAUUCGCACCCCCUGAGGACGAUGAGAUUGAAGAGCAUCAACAAGAAGACCAGGACGAGUACUGAGGGCGGCCACAGCCCUGGCUGACUGCACGGCUUCCCCGUGCCUCCCUCCCUGCUCCACUCCCACAUUAUAGUCCUUUCCUAACACGGUCGGCUGGGUGCUUUGUGUCAGUGCCGCAGCACUGGGGAGCCAGGCGAGCGGGGCUUGGGGGCAUGGGGCCGGAAAGCAGGCAGAAGCCCGUCCUGGGUGGCGCUGGCCCAGUUGGCGGGACCCCUGUCCACACCCACCCUAUUUAUUUCCGUUGUCUCUCUGCUGUGUCGCCCAACACUUCCCAGGGUGCUGCUGCCACCCGCCCCAGCCAGCCACCUGCUCCUGACAGCCAGCAGCUGUGUAUUUGACAAAGUCAUUGGUAUAUUUUUACUUACUGGAUUCUCCUUGCACUUUACCUGUUCUUUUCCAGAGCUGACAGCACGGGCUCCGGGGCAGUGUGCCUGGCUUGGCUUCCCUUCCCCAUGGCUGGGGGCUGGGGUAGGACUCACCCAUUCUAAUUUAUUUUGUCUUUUGACUUCUCAGUAGCUAAGGGGAAGGCUGAUGUCAGGAGAGGGAGAGGGGGCUGAGGAGGUAGUGCUGUAGGCCCAGGGGGUCAGGGAGAGGGAGGGGGGCAUGUGAGGGAUGGAAAUGACCUCCUGGCACCAGGCUCACCCACCCAAGGCCCCCUGCCCCAGCACUGAAUCCCAGCGCUGCCCUGAGGCCCCCAGCCACUCCCUCCAGCAGCCUGGUUCACGACACAAACUCUGCCUGGACCCCAUUGUCUGUCUGCUUCCCACCUGCCCUCUCCACCCCCUGACCCUCGGGCACCAGCCUGCAUAUGUGUUCACUUUUAUUUAAAUAAACUUGUGUGGUAAAAGUCCA